GCGCGACUUUUAUUUCGAUGUGUUACGCGAAAACUUGUGGAGCUCAUUUAACCACCAUUGACAAAAGAGCUGUAGACAUCCACCUCUCAGUGAAGAUCCAGUCUUGCUUGUGCAAAUUGUGAUCCAUGGGGUAAAAUAUGGCUGACAAACCACGAUUGAAGAACAACAAAGAUGUGGCCUGCUUCUUUCUUACCAAGCACUCAUGGAAGGGAAAAUUCCGGCGCAUCUUCUCGGUCGGCUCGGCCGGCGUGUCCACCUACAACCCGAGCUCUAUGGAGGCCACCAACCAGUGGCUGUAUGAAGACUUCAUGGGCAUCGCGCCAGCGGCCAAGGGCGGCUCGCCGCACGAGUUCACCAUCCUGGUGCGCAAGGGCGGCGGCCGCAAGACAGAGACGAUGCGCUUCUCGAGCGAGCACCGCGCCGAGCUCAUCACGGAGACGCUCCGGUUCCGCGCCGGCUUCGGCGAGCCGCAGGAGGAGGCGUUCCGAUGUAACGCGUUCAAGCACCACUGGUCGGAGUCGCGUCAGCCGGCCGUGCUGGAGGCGGGCCCGUGCUCGCUCGACCAGCUGGACGCCGCCACCGGCGCCGUCGUCGCCUCGUACCACUACAAGGACGUGGAGGCGGUGGCGCCCGUCUCCGACUACCCCGGCGGCUUCGUGGUCAUCUGUGGACGGUUCGGCCGCAUGCACCUGUUCGCCUCGGAGAAGCGGGACAUGAUACUGCGGCUGAUGGCCGACAAGGCGCAGCGGUGCGUGGGCGUGGCCGUCUCCGUCCGCAAGGAGCCCAUCACGCUCGGCUACUUCACCGAACACCGGCUAGGACACUACAGCGCGGACGAGCACCUGACGUCGAUGGCCGAGUUUUCGGUGCACAAGACGUCGCCACGCCACCGGGAGCCGGUGCGGCGCACGCUCUGCCUCUCCGAGACGUGCCUGCUGGAGCGCGACCCGGCCAGCUACGCCGUCUGCACGCUCCGGCCGCUGAGCCACGUGUUCGCGCUGGUGCGCCACCAGGACAGCGGCCAGACGUUCGCCGUCGAGUACAACGACGGCCAGGUCCGCGGCUACCUGUCGACCGACAGGGACUCGCUGCUGGCGUCUCUCCUGGACAGCGUGCGGGCGGCCGGCAACGUGGACGUACAUGUACGCUCGACACCAACGCCGCGCGGCCACCGGCUGGCGCCGCUGUUCACCGCCGUCGAGCAGGAGGUCGAGUCGAUGCACCUCAAGCUGUUGCACCAGCCGCCGCCGUCCUGGAGCGUCAGCGAGGCCGUCGCCAGGUUCAACGCCAACGUCUCGUACAGCGGCCUCAUCCACGCCGUGACGGGGGAGAGUCUGUUCGCCGAGAACAAGGAGCGGCUGAUCAGCGCGGCGCUGACGUCACUGCUGCAGCGCGAGGGCGACCAGACGGCGCAGCCGGCCGCCGUCGUCGAGGCCCAGUUCCACGCGCUGCGCCGCCUGGUGGCCAGCAAGGCCGGCUUCGCCGCCUUCACCCAGCUGGCCGGGUUCCGGGAGCAGAUCGGUCUGAAGGUGGUGCGGGCCCUGAAGCGGGAUAGUGACGCUGUGACACACGCGGCGCUGGACAUGCUGGCCGCCCUGCUGCAGCCGAUGCACGCCGACUACGACCUGAAGCAGGAGCAGCUGAACAAGACCAGCCUGCUCAGCUCCAAGGUCUUCCUGGAGAAGCUGCUGGACGUGUGGUCUGCUCACGUGCGUCAAGGCACCGGCGCGCUGGUGGUGUCGGCCUUCCUCGACUUCCUGACGUACGGCCUGUGCGCGCCGUACAGCGAGACCACCGACGGCGCCCAGUUCGACAGCCUGCUGGAGCUGGUGGCCGGCCGUGGGCGCGCGCUCUUCCGGCUCUUCCUGCACCCGUCGCUGGCGAUCGUGAAGGGCGCCGGCCUGGUGAUGCGCGCCAUCAUCGGCGAGGGCGACGCCGCCACCGCCGAGCGCAUGCAGGACCUGGCGCUGGCGGAGGGCGCGCUGCCGCGACACCUGCACACGGCCCUGUUCACGCAGUCGGCCGACGGACGGCUGCUGACGCACCGCCAGCUGAGCCGCCAGCUGAUCACGCUCUGGUGCACCGGACACCAGACGGCCUCCGACCUGCUGGCGCGUACCGUGCCGCCUGGCCUACUGUCGUUCCUGGACUCGGACGAGGCCGUGCCGGCCGACGACGUGGAGCGCCUCAACACGCGCGACAACCUGCAGCUGGCCAACGAGCAGACGGGCCGGCCGCUGAACCCGCACCUGCGCGCCAUCAACCAGCAGCUGCGAUCCGCCGAGAAGUUCGUCGAGAAGCACGUCGAGGUGGCGCUGCAGCACUGGCGCACGCGCAUGGGCUACGAGAAGACGGCCGAGGAGCGGGUGCGCGAGCGGCCGGUGGUGCUGCGCCGGCGCCGCGAGCGCGUCAAGUCUGAGAAGAACUGGCGCCUCUUCUACUACCAGUUCGGCCGCGACCACGCGCUGCCGCACCUCAUCUGGAACUUCAAGACGCGGGAGGAACUGCGCGAGGCGCUGGAGAACGAGAUGCGCAACUUCGGCACCGACCGUGACUUGGGCGGCGGUGUCGACAUCUCGUGGAACCACACGGAGUUCGAGGUGCAGUACCACUGUCUGCAGGAGGAGAUCCAGAUCGGCGACUACUACCUACGCCUGCUGCUGGAGCAGGACGAGGCCAACCAGCUGGACCAGGCGCCUAUCCGCAAGUCUUUCGAGUUCUUCAACGACCUGUACCACCGUUUCCUGCUGACGCCCAAGGUUCCGAUGAAGUGCAUGUGCCUGCAGGCCAUGGCCAUUGUUUACGGCCGCCACCACGCCGAGAUCGGACACUUCGGCGACACCAAGUACAUCGUCAGCAUGCUGGAGCGGUGCACGGACCGGGCUGAGCGCGACCGGCUGAUCCUGUUCAUCAGCAAGCUGAUCCUGCACCAGCGCAACGUCAAGGACGUGCUGGACGCGGGCGGCGUGAAGGUGCUGGCCGACCUGGUGACGCUGUCGCACCUGCACACCACCAGGGCGUACGUGCCAACCCAGUCCAAUGUGAUAGAGUACGGCGAGAGCGACGCGGACGUGGGUGAGCGCGAGUGGUACUUCAAAGCGGCCGACGCCGACAAACAGGACCGACAGGGACCGUACAGCUUCAAGGAGAUGCGCGCUUUCUGGGAGGACGGCACGCUGACGGCCCGCUCGCGCUGCUGGGCGCAGGGCAUGGACGGCUGGCGCAGCUUGCAGGCUGUGCCGCAGCUGCGCUGGACGCUCUGCGCCACCGGCCAGGCGGUGCUCAACGAGACGGACAUGGCCGUCACCAUCCUCAACAUCUUCAUCACCAUGUGCCACUACUACCCCAGUCGGGACGCGCGCGGCUCUGUGAUCCGACCGCUGCCGCGCGUGAAGCGGCUGCUGAGCGACCCCGGCUGCCUGCCGCACAUCGUGCAGCUGCUGCUCACGUUCGACCCCAUCCUGGUGGAGAAGGUGGCCACGCUGCUCACCGACGUCGUCCGGGACAACCCGGUGCUGUCGAAAAUGUACCUGACGGGUGUCUACUUCUUCAUCCUGAUGUACACGGGCUCGAACGUGCUGCCGAUCGCCAAGUUCCUGCAGCUGACGCACAUCAGCCAGGCGUUCCGGUCCGAGGAGAGCGGUAGUGACCUGAUGCAACGCAGCGUGCUGGGCCAGCUGGUGCCCGAGGCGAUGGUGUGCUACCUGCACAACUACGGCGCAGAGAAGUUCGCCCACAUCUACCUGGGCGAGUUCGACACGCCGGAAGUGAUCUGGAAUAACGAGAUGAGGAAGAUGAUGAUCGGCCGGAUCGCCGCGCACCUGGCCGACUUCUCGCCGCGGCUGCGCUCCAACACGCGCGCCAUCUACCAGUACUGCCCGAUGCCGCACGUGACGUACCCGCAGCUGGAGCGCGAGCUCUUCUGCAGCAUCUUCUACCUGCGCCACCUGUGCGACACGGCCAAGUUCCCCGACUGGCCCAUCAAGGAUCCGGUGGCGCUGCUCAAGGACGUGCUGCUCGCCUGGAAGCGCGAAGUGGAGAAGAAGCCCCCCAGCAUGUCGGUGGACGAGGCGCUGGCCGUGCUGGGCCUGGAGCCAGGCCGCGCGCACGAGCAGAACAACGUGCGCAAGGCCUACUUCCGGCUGGCGCAGAAGUACCACCCGGACAAGAACCCCGACGGCAGGGACAAGUUCGAGGACGUGAACCGGGCGUACGAGUUCCUCUGCAGCCGGUCGGCGCGCACCGUGGACGGGCCCGACCCGCACAACAUCGUGCUCAUCCUGCGCGCGCAGAGCAUCCUCUUCUCGCGCUACGGAGACGAGCUCCGGCCGUAUAAGUACGCCGGCUACCCGAUGCUGGUGACCACCAUCCGCAUGGAGACGGAGGACGACCAGCUGUUCAGCAAGUCUGCGCCUCUGCUGGCCGCCGCCACCGAGGUGGCCUACUACACGGUCCGCUGUUCGGCACUCAACGCCGAGGAGCUGCGGCGGGAGCGAGGGCUCGAGCUGCUGCAGUCGGCCUACAGCCGGUGCUGCUCAGUGCUGUCCAAGUCGUCGCGACCGGAUGACGUGGCCGUGCAGGUGUGCUCGCACGUGUCUCGCUGCUACACGGUGGCCGCCCAGUUCCAGCAGUGCCGCGACAAGCUGAUCGAGAUGCCACAGAUCAUCCAGGACCUCUGCCGCAUACUCUACUACAAGCGGCUGACCCGGCUCUGCGUGAUCGGCGUGGAGUGCGUGUCGGCGUUUGCGGCCGACUCGAUCCUGCAGCUGCACAUGAUGCAGGCCGGCGUGCUGUGGCACCUGCUGCUCUUCCUCUUCUACUACGACUUCACGCUGGACGAGGGCGGCGUCGAGAAGACUGAGAGCACCAACCAGCAGGAGGCGGCCAACACGCUGGCCAAGAAGUCGCUGCUGGCGCUGGCGCGGCUCUCCGGCUACCUGACGGGCGACGACGAAACGCCACCCAACCGCGCCAUCGACGCCGCGCUCCAGGCCAUGCUCACGCCCCACGUGGUGCACCUGCUGCGCCAGUACAAAAUGAACGAGGUGCUGAAGCUGCUCAACAGCAACACAGAGAAUCCGUACAUCAUCUGGGACAACAGCACUCGGUCGGAGCUGCGCGAGUUCCUGAAGGAGCAGCAGACGAGCAAGAUCCGCACCGGGGAGAGCGACCCCAACUUCGGCGCCGAGUUCUGCUUCUCCGCCCACAAGGACGAGCUGGUGGUCGGCAACGUCUUCGUCCGCAUCUACAACCAGCAGCCGUCCUUCGCGCUGGAGAACCCCAAGGGUCUGGCGAUCGACCUGCUGGACUUCAUCGGCUCGCUGACGCAGUACCUGCACAGUCUGCAGUCGCUGGCGGCGGCGCCGGCCGACGCCAGCGACGCCGGCGGCAGCAAAGUGAAACACGCCGAGAUGGCGCUCGAGGCGCUCGCCAACGUCAUUCAGAACAACCCCGCCGAGCGUCGCGAGCUAGGCGUGGAGUUCCAGUGCAUCGGCCACUUCGGCCUGCUGUUCGGCCUGCUCCGGCUGGAGGGCAUGACCGGCGUCCAGCAGCGGACGCUGAACGUCAUCACGUGCGUCACGGGCAACCAGGAGUGCGUCAGCGACAUCGCCGCCUCGGAGGUGGUGACGUCGCUGCUGCUGCUGCUGCACACGCUGCCGGCGGCGCUGCCGCAGACGCUCGACACCCUGCACGCGCUCAUGUCCAACACCAAGAUCGUCAAGGAGGGCAUGAACCGCGGUGCCGUGAUAUACCUUCUGGACCUGUUCUGCAACGCCACCCAUCCGGAUGUUCGAAACAAGACCGCCGAACUGCUGGCGAAGAUGCUCUCCGACAAACUGGUCGGGCCCAAGGUGCGCCUCACGCUGCUGCGCUUCCUGCCGCCGCUCUACAUGGACGCCAUGCGUGACUCGCCCGAGAGCAGCGUGCACAUGUUCGAGUCGGUCCAGGAGAACCCCGAGCUCAUCUGGAACGACGAGGCGCGCGAGAAGAUCUGCGACACCGUGCGCCGGCUCAAAGUGGCGUUCUACCAGAAGCAGCGGUCAGACCCGAACGCGGCCUGGAAGCUGCCAGAUGACUUCUCCGUGCAGUUCACGAAUGUGCAGGGCGAGGUGGUGGUGGGCGGCGUGUUCCUGCGGCUCUUCAUCGCCAACCCCGGCUGGGUGCUGCGCCGGCCCAAGGAGUUCCUCACCGAGCUGCUGGACACGGGCCUGACGCUGAUGCAGCAGGCGCCGCCGGACACCGAUACGCUCGAGAUGGUGGCCACGGCCACUGUCCAGCUGCUGCACGCCCAGCCCGCCCUGCUGGACGCCGUGCCGGCCCAGGGCCACAUCCCGCGCCUGUUCAAGGCCAUGACGGCACGGAACGACGGUGUGCUGCGGGCCUGCCUGCUGAUCGUCCACCAGCUGGCCGACAACGAGGCGUGCUCCCGCAGCAUCGGCCAGGCCGACUGCAUCAGCCCGCUGGUGCACGCCAUGAGGACGCGCCGCGACAUGGUGGGCGUGGCCUGCGACACUCUGUACCGGCUGUUCUCGCGCGACCACGAGCCGCUCGUGCAGCAGGCGCUCGACGCCCGGCUGGUGCAGUACCUGCUCACGCUGCUAGAUGGCAGGCUCGAGUCGGAGAACCCGGCGGCGGUGAAGGCGCAGAUCGUGAAGGCGCUGAAGGCGAUGACGCGCAGCCUGCAGCACGGCGAGCAGGUGUCGGCCAUCCUGAACCGCUCCCAGGUGUGGCCCGAGUACCGCGACCAGAAGCACGACCUCUUCAUCACCAGCACGCCGACGGCCGGCUACCUGACAGGCGCGGCGCCCGGCGUGGCCGGCUACCUGACGUCCGGCAACGCCAAGCUGAUGCCGGACGCGCCGCCCGACGUCGACCACGACGAGAGCCUCAACACCAGCGGUGGCCUGCUAUAGCCGGCCGGCGUCCAUGACAGCGG